AUGCGUUCAGAUAGCCCAGAAUCCACUGCCUCCGAGCAAAGAAGCAGUACUGUUUGCUUCCUUUGCCGGCAGCGCAAGACAAAAUGCGACCGUACUUUACCCCGUUGCGGCUUCUGUAUCAAAGCGAAAGUCGCAUGUCAGUAUGUUUCAAAGCCAAAGAAACGUGGCCUUCGUGCUGGUUAUGUAUCGCAAUUAGAGAGUCGUAUAGAAAGCCUUGAGAAUGAAAUCUCCAAUCUCAGGAAUUUGCAACUACCACUGACUCCCGCCACUGACUCGUCACCAGAAAGGCUAGAAAGACUGGAGCAAGAAAUUCUCAACUUGAAGAACAACACGGUCAUCCAAUCUCCCCAAGUUCAGUCUUCUAUAUCGAGUGGGCUUUCUCCUACGACAGUACCAGCCGUGGUUUUCAAUGAACCAAAUACUCCCCAUUCCACGGUGACAUCUUCCAUCUCAAAUAGUACACCGGCAGUCAGAAGCCCAGAACUUUCGCGUUGGAGUCGGCUUGGGUCGCAGUUUGACCCCAAUGACGCCGUAUCUGACCUGAUUGGCCUUCCACGAGAGUACUUGUUCAGCCUUGCCGAUCAAUAUUUCAAGGAGACUCAGUCCUGGUUUCCUAUUGUGAACCAACAACACAUACAGAAAGCUCUAGAAGAACUGCCCACACCAGUGUCUCAUAUUGAUGAUAUCGUGUUGAGAGCCGUGAUUGCACUACAGCUAUCGUAUUCUAGUCAAGCAAUUUGUUUAGGAUACCAUGGCAGAUAUCGGCUCUCUCGACAUCUCAGAUCUCAAGUUCUGAACGAAGCACUAUCCAAGGCAACACUAAGCUCCGUCCAGUCACUUCUGAUCAUCGCAAUACUUGACUAUGGAGCAGACAAUAUCCCAAGUACUUUCAGUCUAAUGUCUGUUUGCCGACGGAUGUGCGAGAAUAUUGGGCUGUUUCGAAAACUCCUUAGUCAAAUGCAACACCAAAGCCCGACUCAGAUUGGUCCUCCGGCAUUGGGAAGCAACAAAACAGGAGAUGAGCUGGCAAUACCUGUCACUUGGGCCACGCUCGCACUUGAUGCAACGACUACACUUGGUGUGUCCUGGCGCGAUGUUUCUGCUGCACUCGUCGAUCACCUCUCAAGCGUUGCGUACGUUAGUGCACCCGAUCUCAAAGACACCUACCGGACACACGCCCAUUUGGCAGCGAUUGCCCUGCAACCACUACACGCAUUCAUUGACGAACAUGAACGGUUCCGAUACGAAAACUCGAACGUUGAAGCACUUGCGACGUGUGACGAAAUCUACCACAAUCUGCUUGGCUAUGUCCAAGCGCAACCUAAAUCGAGCUACACCAUUUUAUCCGAUGGAUUAAUCGAUUUUGAUCCGAACCUGAUGCAUACGACUGUCUUAUCACAUGCCAGUAUUAUUGUUCUCUACCAACGAUUACUGCGAUUUGAAAACGGGAGUGUAUCUACGGAUUUCGGCGAGCUUCCCUUACGAAGAUGUUUACAGGCCUCGGAGGACCUGGUACUCGCAUUUCGAGGAAUCAGCGAUGCUGACGCCGAGCUGAACACCCCACUACUAGCACAUUUGCUCUUCGUCGCUGCUCGAAUGAAGCUCAUCGUCUACCACAACAUGAGACAAGCCCGUGAACCAAUGUUCGAUACAUUAAUGCAUGCACUGAAUAUGUGUGGGCGGAGAUGGAGGUUGGCACGCCGUUUGGAUGUGGUUCUACGAGCCGCCAUCGUUCAACUCGACACCAAGACCAUUGAGGAUGCUGGUGACAGUAGUAUUCAUGGCGGACCGUCCACAUCCCUCCCCUCCAAUUUCUGGGAUCCAAGGAAGAGUCACCUUGAUCUCUCCGAGGAACUCAAGGAAUGGUGUGAGACCUACCGGGACUCCUUGUUCAUCGGUGCAUUGAAUGGGCCAUACUGUAAAUGGGGUUAG